CAAUGGAAAAGUCUCUAAGUCCACGUGGAGCUCAGCUAGUGACACAUUUGCUGACGACAUGGUCCCACCAGCCUCUUUGAGUCGUUCCUCCUCUCUUCUUCUCCAAGCCUUCAACUUUUCAAACAAAACCUCUCUAUAAACUUCACAUUCUUCUCCUCGUAACUAACUUCAAUUUUUCUUUUUUAAAACAACAACUUCACUGUCUUUUUGUAUUUGCAUAAGCAUGAAGAUGUUCUUCGACGUGUCUUUUUGUAUUUGCAUAAGCAUGAAGAUGUUCUUCGACGGUGGUGGUCCUAAUCGAAAGCAACCAGCUUUACCAGUUGCUGUCCUGUUUCUACUCCUAACCAUGUCGGAGCUAGCUUCGGGUCAACCGAACCAAUCCGACCCGAACAACCCUUACGACUACGGCGGCAGGCUAAGUCCAGUCAUGGCCGUCGUCGUCGUGGUCGUGAUCGCUCUUCUCUUCUUCAUGGGCUUCUUCACCAUCUACCUCCGUCACUGCACCAGCUCAGCCGACGGCGGCAGCGUCCACCCGCGCGUAGGAGGAGCGAGGAGAGUGACGAACGCGGCGGCGGCGCGUGGGCUGGACGCGUCGACGAUCGAGACGUUCCCGACUUUCGCGUACUCGGAGGUGAAGACGCAGAAGAUCGGGAAAGGCGCGCUGGAGUGCGCGAUAUGCCUCAACGAGUUCGAGGACGACGAAACGCUGCGUUUGCUGCCCAAGUGCGAUCACGUGUUCCACCCUCACUGCAUCGACGCGUGGCUUAAGAGUCACGUGACCUGUCCGGUUUGCCGGACCAAUCUCGCUGAGCAGGAGCGGACGGUUGGGCCGGUCGAACCGGAAGCUGUAGUAACCGAGAUCGAUCUCGAGUCGCAGCGGCAAGCGGCGGUUCCUGAAGCGGCGGUGGGAGAAGAUGGUGGGAGCGUUGUUGUUGCACGUGUCAAGCUCCCGAGGUCGCACACGACGGGGCAUUCGGUGGUGUUACCUGGAGAAUGUACCGAGCGGUUUACGUUGAGGCUACCGGAAGAGUUGAGGAAGAAGAUAAUGGCGAAUUGGAAGAUGAACCGGUCGAAUAGUGUUUUGGUUCGAUCGAGGAGUGGUAAACCGGUUGAACGGUCGAGGGCUCGAUCGGACCGGUGGUUGUUCAUCAAGACACCGUCGUUUUUGUGGCGGAGUAGGGAUGAUGGUUCGAUUAGGCUCGGUGGUAACGGUAGCGUCAAAGCAAAUGCAGUAAUAAGUCCAACCGGUGAUUCGGUACGAGCAGACCGGUGGAAUUUUCUUAGAAACCCGUCUUUUCUGUGGAGGAAUACUCCAGUCCCUUCGCCGAGAGUUGAUAAGGACGGUGAAGGAACAUCGUCUGUUCAAGGUCAACAUACCGGUUCAGUUGGUUUAUCUAGUGGUUCUGUUAGAUUACCUGUUUAGUUGGCUUAUCUCUAUAUCUAUUGAAAAAAGUUUGUGCAUUGUUCAUACUUCAUACAAAAGAUUUUACGCAAU